AUGGCGUAUUUGGCUAUAACCAUGGAUAUUUCUCUUCUCAGAGUAUCGAUUCUGACCAUUGUUGGGGCUGUCGUGUUUUCUGUGGCCAGAAAUCUCCUCAAGAACAAGAAAGUUGUGCCCACCGGUGCGAAGCCACUCCCAGGCCCAAAGGGUUGGCCGCUCGUUGGCAACGCAUUUGACAUCCCGAAGUCGCACGCUUGGUUCAAAUUCAAGGAGUGGGUUGACGAAUACGGACCGAUUUAUCAAGUCAAAGCCUUUGGCACUACGCUAGUGAUCAUAUCAAGGGAGUCAAUAGCCAAUGAGCUGCUUGGCUUGCGAGGAGCCAUUUACUCGGACCGUCCUGCUUUGAUAAUGCCGCGUCUUAUUACAGACAAUGGCUUCCUAGGCGCCAUAGGGUGGACCGAUUACUGGCGUCGGGCGCGACGCUUCGCACAGUCCAUGCUGAGUACGGGCAUUAUACAGCAGUCCAUACCGAAACAGACGACCAAAGCCAGGCAGAUGGUGAUCGACUUGGCGAAGAACCCUUCCAAGUAUGCUUACUGGUUCGAAUGGGCCGGAGUGAUGGCUUCGAUCAAACAAAUAUACGGGCCUACCGAGGAGAGAGGGCCUGCCGAGGAGCGACUUGCUGCUCCUGGUAUGUACGUUGUGGAAUUUAUUCCCUCACUUCUGUAUCUUCCCACCUGGUUGGCGCUUUUCAAGAGAGAGGCCAGAGCGCUUGUAAAGCGGCACUGGAACUAUCUCGCACCUUUGAUGCAACAGCAGUCGGAGAAAUACAAGAACCAGGUGACAGAAAGCCCCGAAAGCUUUGCCAGGCGAUACUUGAAAACCAAAGAGGAUUGGGGCCUUACAGACCGUGAAAUAGUCUGGGUUCUGUCCAGCAUCUAUGGAGGCGUAUCCCGGACCUCCGCCACUGCAAUGCAAUCCAUCAUUCUGAAUACAUGCCUUUUCCCAGAGUGGCAACAGCGAGUCCAAGAGGAGAUAGACGAGGUCGUGGGCGACCAACGACUGCCAGACUUCAACGACUUCGGCAGUCUCCCGUCAGUACGAGCUGUCAUUAAAGAAUCCAUGCGAUGGAGACCAGUUCUCUCAGGAGGUUUCCCACAUGCAGUCACUAAGGACGACGUAUUUGAAGGCUACUUCAUCCCAAAGAGCGCCGUCAUUAUACCGAACCAGCGGGCCAUUCUUCGUGAUGAGGAACUGUAUCCGGACCCGGAUUCAUUUCGACCCGAAAGGUGGCUGAAGCCCGGUUAUCCAACCUACCAAGAGCCCCUGACGACGUACCCAAAUCUCAAGAGAUUUGCAGGAUUUGGCCAUGGACGUCGAAUUUGUCCAGGGUUAGAGGUGACGGAAAAAUCCUUGUUCUUGCAGGUCUCGAGCUUGUAA